UAGUUUUAUUUUAUUUUACAAAUCAUGCUUACAUGAAAACGAUGUUAUCGAGCACAUAUUCAGUGGUGUGCCUUUUAGUUUUAAGUUUAAGUGUGGUGUUUGCUUCCCAGCCAAUAGUUAGCACCAGCCAUGGGAAAGUAUCCGGGAACACGUUAAGGACUUUCCCGGGCGAUGUUGAGUUCUACGGAUUUUCCGGGAUACCAUACGCAGCGCCGCCGUUAAAGGAACUGAGAUUUCUGCCACCACAACCACCGGAACCAUGGACAGACGUAAAGGAAGCUACAAAGGAAAAGCCAGCAUGCGUCCAGUUCAACUACAACGUGAAGAAACAUCCGUACGGAAUGGCCGGGGAAGAAGACUGUUUGUACUUGGACGUGUACACUCCAAGCCUUGAUGGAAACCAUCCAGUUGUUGUCUUCCUCUACAAUGUUAACUUUAUGAACACUUACAAUAAAACCAAAGAUUACGCCCCCGAUUUCUUCAUAGAAGAAGGAGUCACCAUUGUCACUAUUACCCAUCGAGUAGCAAUACUGGGAUUCCUAUCAUUUGAAGAUGACGUUUUGCCAGGGAAUUCUGGAUUGAGAGAUGUAAUUCAAGGUUUGAACUGGAUAAGGGAUAAUAUUGAAUCUUUUGGAGGAGACCCGAAAAAGAUUACCUUGAUGGGAUACGGCGGUGGGGCUGCAUUGGUAGAUUUUCUCAUACAUUCUAAUACAGAACGUUUAUGGCAUGCUGCUAUUAUGCAAAGUGGGACAUUACUUUCUAGUUUAUAUUUACAAGACAAUAUUAGAGAAAGAACGUUCAGAUUAGCAGAUGAAUUGGAAUGGAUAUCAACGGAUUCGGCUAAAACACUUGCAUUCUUACAAGAUGUCGAAGUUGGAACUCUGAUAACCAAAGAGUGGAUAGCUCCUCCUCCAGAUUAUUUCAGAGAUACACAAAAAAGCUUACGUCCGUUUGGUCCCAUGCUAGAAAAAGGUCCAUCAGGACUGUUAACUGAUAGACCCGAAGACAAAAUGAAGGAAUUAGAUAUUCCUGUAAUGAUCGGGUUUACAUCUCUAGAAGGAAUGGAGGCGGGAAUUCAGUAUUUGGAAGAGCCAAGAUACCUCACCUUCGUAGAAAAGAACUUUCCUCUGCAGAUGCCGAUACGACUUAAAUUUAGUUUUGAUCAAUUUAAGGAUUCAUUCUUUGAGGCUAUACAAGAUAUUAAAGAUUUUUAUUUUAAGGAUGGAAAAGUCCGAGUCAAAAACGUACCAGAGUACGUCAAGUACAUAGGAGAUGUCAUCACGGGGUACAAUGUAGAUAGCAAUGUUCAGCUUUACGCUAAUACGAGUACCAAAGACAUAUUUUACUACAAUUUCGAUUUCGUUGGGGAGCUAAACGAGAAUAGAAUAAAUAUUCUGAAUCUGAUAGAAAAAAAUGAUAUUAAUCAAAAUAUUAAAAUCGAGGGUGCUGCAAGCGGAGAUGAUCUGUGCUAUCUAUUUAAGUGUCCUGAUUUAAUUAAAAAGUACAAGGAGCUUAGUGAAAAACCUUCUGAUGAAAUAGCCUUGAUAAAGAAACUGGUGAGAAUGUGGGCCAAUUUCGCGAAGUUUGGAAAUCCAACUCCAGAAAACGACACCAUAUUGGAUGGAAUCAAGUGGGAGAAGUACGAUAAAGAAAAUAAAGAUUAUUUAUAUAUCGGAAAUACAAUAGAGAUGCGACAGAAUUUAUUCAGCGACAGAUUCCACUUCUGGGACUCGUUUAUCCAGAAAUGGGGUAAAAGAGCUGUAGACGGCAUAGUGGCAGACUUACCAAGAGAUGCAGUCGAUAAAGAUGAACUAUGAUAUAAAUUUAUAAUAAUUUUAGUUCAAAUUGCAAUAAUAAUCACCAUCAUACUACUAUUUAUGUAAGUACCUAUUAGGACAGCAAUAAAUAAAUGAAAUUAUUUGUACAAGUUA